UUGCAUUUCAUUCAUCCAUCAAGCAGAAAGUUUCUGCUGAAAAUGGAUUCCUUCUUUUUCAUCGCUCUCACUUUCGUGUUGAGCUUCCAUUUUGCUCAUGGAAGUGAACUACCAUCUGCCACAAGCAGUUCAAAAACAUAUAUUAUCCAUGUAAAGGGGCCACAGGGUAGGACCCUUUCUCAAUCAGAAGAUUUAGAGAGCUGGUAUCAUUCUUUCAUGCCACCUACAGUUAUGAGCUCCGAGGAACAGCCUCGAAUAAUUUAUUCAUACCGGAACGUGAUGAGUGGUUUUGCUGCAAGACUCACUGAAGAGGAGUUGAGAGCUGUGAAAGGGAAGAAUGGCUUUAUUUCUGCUCAUCCUGAAAAGGUAUUACAUCGUCAAACUACACAUACCCCAGAAUUCUUGGGGUUGCAGCCACAAACGGGAUUCUGGAAGGAAUCAAACUUUGGAAAGGGAGUAAUUGUUGGGGUGCUGGACUCUGGAAUCACGCCUGGUCAUCCAUCAUUCAAUGAUGCAGGAAUGCCACCACCACCACCCAAAUGGAAAGGGAGAUGCGAACUUAAUGCGACAUCUUGUAACAACAAACUAAUUGGAGCAAGGUCUUUCAACCUUGCGGCGAAGGCAAGGAAAGGAGAAGUGGCACCAAUUGAUGAGGAUGGACAUGGGACUCACACAUCAAGCACAGCUGCUGGUGCUUUUGUUGAUCAUGCAGAAGUAUUAGGGAAUGCCAAAGGCACAGCAGCAGGGAUUGCCCCUUAUGCUCACCUGGCAGUGUACAGAGUUUGCUUUGGAGACCACUGCCCUGAGAGUGAUAUAUUGGCAGCAUUGGAUGCAGCUGUGGAGGAUGGCGUGGAUGUAAUAUCAAUAUCCCUCGGCCUAAGGGAGCCAGCACCUUUUUUCAAUGAUAGCGCUGCAAUAGGCGCAUUUGCAGCAAUGCAGAAGGGAAUCUUUGUAAGUUGUGCAGCAGGAAACUUUGGCCCUUUUCAUGGCUCAUUAGUUAACGGGGCCCCUUGGAUUCUCACAGUUGGAGCAAGCACUAUUGACAGAAGCAUCGCAGCAACAGCAAAGCUGGGAAAUGGGCAAGAAUUUGAUGGGGAAUCUGUUUUCCAGCCUUCCAAUUUUAAUCAAGAACUGCUAUCCUUAGCAUAUGCUGGAAAGAAUGGCAAACAAGAAGCAGCAUUUUGUGCUACUGGAUCCUUGAGUGAUGUUGAUUUCAUAGGCAAGGUUGUUUUGUGUGAGAGAGGAGCGGGUACAGGAAGACUUGCCAAAGGAGAGGAAGUAAAAAGAGCAGGUGGUGCAGCCAUGAUUCUCAUGAAUGAUGAAACCAAUGGCUUCAGUCUCCCAGCUGAUGUACAUGCUCUACCUGCAACACAAGUAAGCUACGAUGCUGGACUUAAGAUCAAAGCCUACAUAAAUUCCACUGCAACACCUACAGCAACCAUUUUAUUCAAGGGAACUAUAAUUGGAAACUCCCAAUCUCCUGCUGUUUCAUCCUUCUCUUCAAGAGGUCCCAACUUGCCAAGUCCUGGCAUUUUGAAACCAGACAUCAUAGGACCAGGCGUGAACAUCCUAGCUGCCUGGCCAUUCCCCCUGAAUAACAGCACAGAUUCAAAAUCCACUUUCAACAUUAUGUCUGGUACAUCAAUGUCAUGCCCACAUCUCAGCGGCGUAGCUGCUUUGCUCAAAAGCUCUCAUCCUCACUGGUCGCCAGCUGCCAUAAAAUCUGCCAUAAUGACUUCUGCAGACAUAGUCAAUUUUGAACAGAAACUCAUUGUCGAUGAAACACUUGGCCCUGCAGAUAUCUUUGCCACAGGUUCUGGUCAUGUUAAUCCAUCAAGAGCAAAUGACCCCGGGUUAGUUUAUGAUAUCGCGCCUGAUGAUUACAUACCUUAUCUGUGUGGCUUAGGCUACGGUGAUACGGAAGUUGGGAUCAUUGCACACAGAGCAAUUAAGUGCUCUGAGACUUCAAGCAUUCCUGAAGGAGAACUCAACUAUCCCUCAUUUUCGGUUGUGCUUGGUUCCCCACAGACAUUCACAAGGACUGUGACAAAUGUGGGGGAUGCCAACUCAUCGUAUGUUGUCAUGGUUACGGAACCAAAAGGGGUUGUUGUUAAGGUGCAACCAAAUAAACUUUAUUUUUCAGAAGCGAACCAGAAAGAGACAUAUUCAGUGUCAUUCAGCCGUAUAGGGUCGGGUAAUGAAACUGCAGAAUAUGCUCAAGGGUUUUUACAAUGGGUCUCUGCCAAACACACUGUAAGGAGCCCUAUCUUGGUCAUUUUUUCAUAAGACAAUAACGUUAGCAAGCACCACGCAGUACUACAAAGGGACCAGUGUAAUGGUUAGAUAGUUGCUUUGCCAGCUACAACUGGUAUUAAGUGGCAAAUUUCAAUCAUACCACAGCAUUUUCUUUCUAUUUUCAUUCCAUCAAUGCAUAAGGAAAAUUAAGGAAAAAGGUAUAUGAUUUUCCACCUUUA